AUGGCUGCAAUCAAUCGCAGUCGCGACUCCUCGACAGACCGCGAAGACGAUUCUGACCAUUCAGUCCACCAACCUGCCUCAACCGGUGUGGAACCAAUUGUCCCACGACAAAAUGCUGUCUACUCAGAUAUGACCGGAUUAUACCCUAGCCCGAUUUCCAUGGGUGCCAUUGUGGGCGAUAGACCAUUCAGGUCCACUGCUUCAUUUUCAGAGUUCUCCGAAUCACCAAGUCAAAGACCAUCGAUGAACUUUGGAUCUGAAUGUCCUUCUCCGAUGCCAUCAAACUGGCAAAGUCAGCAGAGCUUAGUACCCCUUGUGAAAAACCCGGCUACGGCUGGAUUCAGCAAAGACUGGGUCAAGUCUGGAUCAAUUGCCCGCCUACACGAUCGAGAUGACGCCGAGACCUGGAAGGGCUGGAGGCGAACAGUCUACCACUUCGCGCCGAUAUUCAUGGUUGCCAACUCCGCUCUAUAUGUCUUCUACCUGGGAUUGCGUAUCUACUGCAUUAUUAUGGCGCAGAAAGCCGAGUCAAUGACUUUCAUCGCGGCAUGGAUUUUCGUUGCGAUUGAACUCUCCGUUGCCAUUCCUUCUCUCUUGCAAAAUGGCUGGACCAUGUUAGCUUUGAAGAAGAGAGGUCGGCCAAAGCUGCGUCUGACAGGGGGUGAGGUGCCCACCGUCGACGUUUUUGUGACGUGUUGUGGUGAGGAAGAUGACCUCGUCUUGGAUACCGUUCGUGGCGCGUGUGAUCAAGACUAUCCGGCACACAGGUUCCGGGUCAUUGUGCUAGACGAUGGAAAGUCAGCUACCCUACAAAAGAGUGUUGAGCAAUUAGCCUUCACUACUUACUCUAAUUUGUUCUACGUUGCCCGUGAGAAGAUCCCAGGCAAGCCUCAUCAUUUCAAAGCCGGAAAUUUGAACAACGGCCUUGACUAUACUGUUGGACUACCAGGUGGAGCUGGUGAAUUCAUGGCGGCAUUGGACGCAGAUAUGAUCCCUGAACAAGACUGGCUGCGUGCUAUUGUGCCCCAUCUGCUUGUUGACCCCAAGAUGGCCCUGGCCUGCCCUCCUCAACUAUUCUAUAAUGUGCCGUCAAGCGACCCCCUCGCGCAAAGCUUGGACUUCUUUGUGCACGUCAUUGAACCAAUUAAAGAUGCACUCGGUGUCGCCUGGUGCACAGGAUCCGGCUAUGUUGUCCGACGAGAGGCUUUGGAAGAUAUUGGAAACUUUCCCCUGGGCUCACUAGCCGAAGAUGUGGCCACUUCAACCCUUAUGCUCGGUAAGGGGUGGAAGACAGCCUAUAUCCAUGAACAGCUGCAAUUCGGAACAAUCCCAGAAGACUUUGGUGGCCAUCUCAAGCAACGUACGCGAUGGGCCAUCGGCACAGUCGACACUGCGUUCAAACUCAAGUUUUGCGUGUGGGGCGAGGCCGUGCGACAAAUGUCUUUUGCCCAGCGCUUCUCCGGCUUUCUGUAUGCUGUACUAAGCUUAUACACCCUUGUGGUCACUGCUUCGCUAUUUGCUGUUCCUAUUAUUCUACUAUGGGGUAAGCAGCUUGUUGCUUAUGCUAGCGAGCAGGAGCUCCGCUGGCUCAUCUGGGCAUGCUUCGCAUCGACGAUGGCAAACAGAUUCUGUGAAUUCACACUUUACACUCCAUCAGGCUAUCAUACUGGCCAGCGAGGCUCACGAUUCCAACUUUGGAUGUCUCCCUAUAUUGCCCUUUGUAUUAUUCGUUCGUUCAUGCUUCCUAGCUGGCUUGGUGGCCAGACUCAAGCGUUCAAGCCUACAGGCUCCCUUGGAUCUGCGCUGAACGAACGAGACCCAGCGAUGAGGAAGAAUAUGUUCAUUCGUCUCAAGGUUGUCUUGCUGAACUUCAUGGCGCUCUUUCAUUUUGUUUUUGUGUACGCGACACUCUGCGCGGUCGCUCUUUCCACGUACAGGUGCUUCGCCUCUGAGAGUGGGUUCAAGGACGUUGUGAAGUGCCUUAUUACCCAUGCAUUCUGGCCACCUUCUGUCUUUUUGUUUAUUUGCACCUCGCUCUGGACGCCAGUUUCUUAUGCUAUUAUUCCACCAACGAUGCCAGAUCGGGAAGAAUUGCUAGACCGCGAUUCAAAGACGGGAAUUGCUCAUCCAACUCAGAAGAGCAAGCAAAUUGCGUUUGGUGGCCAAGCAGCUUGGUUUGAGCUUGAGCACACUGUUUCGACCAUUGCAACUGUUUUGGUGCUUUGUUUUUCAUUUUAUAUUUAA